UCUUUGAUGUCGAACCACAUGAACAAUUCAAUGUGCUCGCCAGCAUCCACGCUCGAGAUGGGAUCAUCAUGUCCGACGUAUUAGCACGCCGCAACUUCUCCCGUACGAACCGGAUGUACUUAAUUCCUAGAUUCGACAUUAAUAUCCAAUUCUACAUUUGAAUAUAAGAUGGAUGAAAACGCUAUUUUGCCGACGCACUUUUCGAUCUCAAAAGAACUCUUGCUGUUCCUGGGCAGUUCUUCCCUCCAUAAAAUACGGUUCUCCGUUUUGCUUUUUUCCGAACACUGAGCCCAGAAGCAAAGCAACGACGGCAAUGCCUCCCCGAACACGACGACGACGACUGCUGGCGGGAGAAGAAGAAGAUGAAGCGACACGACGACAGCAGCAGCAGCAGCAGCAGCAACCCAAUUUCGAAGUGGGCAUGCUGGUCGAGAUCGCCUCCACCGAUGACGGCUUCCGCGGCUCCUGGUACGCCGCCACCGUCGUCCGCCGCCCCUCGCGGCGCUCCUCCUCCUACGCGGUGGAGUUCCGGGAAAUCUACGAGGACGAGGAGGGGACGCGCCGGGUCACCGAGGAGGUGGCGGGGUCCCAGAUCAGGCCGGUGCCUCCGGAGGAGGCGAACCCGAAGAGGGACUUCCGGGUGGGCGACGAGGUCGAGGCCCGGUACAACGACGGGUGGUGGGAAGGCGUGGUGGUGGAUAGGAUGCGGGGCGGGAGGAGGUUCGGGGUCUCGUUCAGGGAGUGGAGGGAGAGGGUGGUGUUCGAGGUCGGGGAUUUGAGGGUGCGUCGCGAGUGGGUCCGUGGGUCUUGGUUGCCUCCUGGUGAUGCUGCUGCCGAAGAUCGACAGCAGAAAGCACAAUCGCAGAUGGAGAUGAAGGUUGCCAAAAAGAUGAAAAGUAAUGAAUUCACUAAGGGCACUCCAGUUGAAGUGAGUAGCGAUGAAGAUGGAUAUCGCGGUGCCUGGUUUGCAGCAGUGGUUGUUGAAGAGGGAUCCAAGGGAAAGUACCUUGUUGAGUUCAAGAACUUUAGGACGGAGGACGGUGCUGAGCUUUUGAAAGAAGAGGCCGACGCUUUGCAUAUCCGGCCCUGUCCACCAGAAAUUAUAGUUGCUGACCAUUUCAAUUUGUUUGAUGAAGUAGAUGCUUUGCAUAAUGACAGCUGGUGGGUUGGUGUGGUCUCUAAGGUUCUCAGCAGAUCAAGGUACACCGUUUACUUCAGAGACACCAAGGAAGAAUUAGUGUUUCAACACUCUAACUUGAGGCCACAUCAGGAGUGGAUUGGUGGAAGAUGGAUGACUGCUUCCUUGGACCCAAAAAAUAACACGCGCCUAGUGUAAAUUCUCUUUGAUGCUGCUUAAGGUUUGUUUGGAAACUCUGUUGGUUCUGGGGAAUGUGGGAUUCUAUUUUCUUCCAUUGGCUUAUAGUCAAACUUUGUGAAGUUUUCUCAAAACAAAAAUAUAUACAACUAUAAGUAAA